GACACACCGCUUUAUUGGCAGUGUGUCCUCUGUUCCUAGAAUUGUGUCUGUGACUGACUCUGUGUCUGUCUCUCCACAACGGAUCUCACAGAACACACACCCAUACUUCUUACUCUUACCCCCACCACUCCCUUCUCUCUCUCUCAACUCAACACACACUCUCACUCUCUUCAUUGCUUUCUCUCUAUCUACUACUAAUUUGCUUUUUCAAGUUUGCUCCUCGUGAAGUGCAUGUGAACCUUGCUGAGAGUGAGAGAUCUGGUGGUCCGGUCACCUUUCCUUUUCUCAUUCAGCUGAUUCUAGUGUUUACCUUCUACCUUUUCCCUUCUCAUAUCCUCACUUUUUUUCCCUUUUCCAUUCAAAAUGUUACAUCAUGCUCUUUAUUCCCCUGUAUCAUUAACUCCUCAUUUUGUCAAAUAGUGGUGGUACUUUGCUUCCACUUGAGCUUUCAAAAAAUGGGGUCUUCUCUUUUUCUCUUCUCUUUGCUUCCCUAGCAUCAAAAUUGUUCCUUUGUCUUGUCUGAACCUUCUUCUUUGGGUAGCACCACUCUGCUUUGGAGGGUGUUUUAUUAUUGGGUGGAAUCGAUUCAUGUGAUAAUUGACCGUGAGAGUCGCUGUUUUUCCCCUUUUGUGAAAAACGGAGCAGAUUAAUGCAAAAAUGAAGGGUUUUGGUGUUUGUUUCAUUAAUUUAGAGAGAUUCUACUGUCAGGGGGGUUGAUUUUUCUGAACAUGACUAGGGCAAUCCGGAAUAGGGUACUUAAGGAUGCCAAUGGUGAUAUUAGUGAUCAUCUACGCAACCACAUUCAUUUGACAAAUUGUAUUCACUUGAAGAACCAUAUGCAUAAGACUAGUCCCAUACUGGCUGAUAGGUCAAUCAUGAGGGACCUUGUUGUGCUGCAGAGAUCGCGAUCUCUCAGGGACCCUUCUGCAAGUCCUCCAUCAUGGCACUCACCUUCUGUGGUUGAGCUGCUCUCCAAAAGAGCCGAAAAUGAUGCCGCGGCUCAGGGGGGAAGAAGGUCUGUAGGUGGUGUUGAGCGCGGAAAGGAAGGGAGGAGGAGAUUGUCCGGAACGUCGCCGCCCUUGGCGAGUAUAGGCACAACAAGAGUUGCUCCUGGUGAGGUUAGCCAUAGUCGGGGUAAUGAUGGGGUGCCGGCAAAUAGUGAACGUAGUAGCAGGAGUGGAGUGGGGGAUGGGAGGAGAGUUGGGAGACAAGAAUCUGGUAGGAAGAGUGAUAGGCCUAAUUAUUUGGAUCUUAGCCAAGACCAAUCUCUCAAUCAAGCAGGCAAAAGUUUGGCUGAAGAUGUUAUUUCAAGGCACUCUGAGCCUAAAGAGAGAAAGAGCAAACAAAGGGUAAAGAAUGUUCGGGAUGUUCAAGUUAAGACCCUCUCUGAGCAGUUGAAUGAUGUUCCUCUGGAUAGUGAUGAUUUAGCAUCAUCAAACAUUCAUUUUCAUGGAAGGUUUCCCAGACAGGAGAAAAUUAUUGCGGAGGCGGAAGCCAGCAUGCGCGGUCAUGGAAUGAAUAGGGGAAAAAGACGUAAAUUUCGAAGUGCAAGGAGAGCUCGGGUUGGUACAGCAUCUAGAGAUAUUGGAGCUGAGAAUGAAAUGUCUGUGGCUUCCAACUCAUUGGCUCAGGGUUCAGCCCACCAGAAAUAUCACUCGGAGGAGGUUGAUGAGUACCCUGAUGGAAAUGUUACUAGGGCUCCAAAUAAUGGGUGUGGUAUUCCUUGGAAUUGGUCCAGAAUUCAUCAUAGAGGUAAAACAUUCUUUGAUAUGGCUGGAAGAAGUUUGUCUUGUGGUUUAUCUGAAUCAAGGUUGAAGAAAGGAGCAUUAUCUGCCAAUGGAAGAAAUAUUUCUGAGAUGCCAGGUGGAUCUGAAUACUCAAGCUCAUAUACUAAAUCCGAUGCAGAGGCACUGCCUUUACUAGUUGAUGCAUCUGGAUCUCAUGGAAGCACUGAAAAUGCUUGUUGGGACCAUCACUAUUCUGGGGAACUAGGUAUUUAUGGUGAUCAUUUAUUCAAGCACGAUAUGGAUUCUGACCUUGCUUCUGAAGCUAGAUCUGGUGAUCAACAUAAGUUGAGAGGGAAUAGUCAUAGUAGGCAUCAAAGCUUAACACAAAAAUAUAUGCCACGAACUUUCAGUAAAAUGGUUGGACAGAAUUUAGUGGCACAAGCUCUUUCAAAUGCAGUAAUUAGAAGGAAAGUUGGAUUGUUAUAUGUGUUUUAUGGUCCCCAUGGCACUGGAAAAACUUCCUGUGCUCGCGUAUUUGCCAGAGCUUUGAAUUGUAAUUCUUCAGAGCAUUCAAAACCUUGUGGCUUUUGCAAUUACUGCAUAGCGCAUGAUAUGGGAAAGAGUAGAAAUAUAAGGGAAGUUGGUCCAGUUAGUAAUUUUGACUUUGAGAGCAUUAUGGAUCUACUUGACAAUAUGACUGUUCCCCAGCUUCCAUCACAAUACAGAGUGUUUAUUUUUGAUGAAUGUGAUACUCUGUCAGCAGAUUGUUGGAAUGCUAUAUCAAAGGUCAUUGAUCGAGCACCUAGACGUGUGGUUUUUAUCCUUGUCAGUUCUAGUCUCGAUGUCUUGCCUCAUAUAAUAAUAUCCAGGUGUCAAAAGUUCUUUUUCCCAAAGCUGAAGGAUUCAGAUAUUAUAUAUACACUUCAGUUGAUCGCAACCGAAGAAGGUCUAGAAAUUGAUCAGGAUGCCCUGAAACUCAUUGCAUCAAGAUCAGAUGGAUCAUUGAGAGAUGCUGAGAUGACCCUAGAACAACUCAGUUUGCUUGGGCAGAGAAUAUCUGUUCCUCUGGUUCAGGAGCUGGUAGGGCUUAUCUCUGAUGAGAAAUUGGUGGAUCUGCUUGAUUUGGCAUUAUCUGCAGACACAGUUAACACUGUGAAGAAUUUGCGAGCGAUCAUGGAAACUGGUGUUGAGCCAUUAGCUUUAAUGUCGCAACUGGCCACAGUAAUUACUGAUAUACUUGCUGGGAGCUAUGAUUUCACAAAAGAAAGGCAAAGAAGGAGGUUUUUCCGGAGACAACCAUUGUCCAAAGAAGACAUGGAAAAGCUUCGCCAAGCUUUGAAAACAUUAUCGGAGGCUGAGAAGCAGUUGAGGAUGUCCAAUGACAAGCUAACAUGGUUGACGGCUGCAUUGCUUCAACUUGCUCCUGACCAGCAAUAUGUGUUGCCUACGUCAUCUGAUCAUAGUUUCAACCAUAGUCCCUUGGAUGUGAAAAAUGGAGAUGUGAGAGACGCAGCUAGAAUCACUGGUAAUCCUGUUGAAAUUAAUAACAAAGGGAGACGAUUGUCAGUGGAUGGUAGAAUAGAAAAUUUCCAUGCUGGAAGCUCAGCAGAUGGUGUGACAAAGGGUCCUGGUUCAGAGAAAAGAAGACUUAGUGUGUCUGGUUGUACUCCUCAACAUACUUAUCCGCAUGCCACCAAUAAUAUCAGGGUAAAUGAGAGGCUGAUUGCGGGUAAAAACCGCAAAGAAAUUGAAGAGAUAUGGUUUGAGGUGCUUGAGAGGGUUCAAGUGACUGGGCUGAAAGAGUUUUUGUAUAAAGAAGGCAAGCUGAUCUCUGUUAAUUUUGGACCAGCUCCAACUGUGCAGCUAAUGUUUAGUUCUCAACUGACCAAAACUACUGCUGAGAAAUAUACUGGUCAUAUCUUGCAAGCAUUUGAAUCUGUCCUUGGAUCUUCUAUAAUAAUGGAAAUUAGAUGUGAGUCAAAUAAAGAUGCAGGCUCAGCUAUUCAACUGCCUCUUAUAUUGCCUUCCAUCAACAAUGGACCAUCUCAGAUAAGAAACUUAAAUGGUGUUGGCACGGAAACUCAUCCUUCACUAACUGAUUCUGUUGAAAAGAGAAGGGGUGAAAUUGUAGAAGAAGCAGCUUCUGUUAAAAGUCUACAAUGUACAAGUACAAGGCAAGCAUCAGCUUCGCGAAAAAAUCCAAAUGUUAAAUCCCAUUUAGACCAAAGAAAGCUUAGGGAGGAAAGUCAAUGUCGAAGUCUUGUAAAAAGUAAGGUGUCUCUUGCUCAUGUAAUCCAGCAGGCAGAAGGUCAGCGGAGUGGGUGGUCAAAACGCAAGGCAGUUUCCAUUGCUGAAAAGCUCGAACAAGAGAACUUGAGACUGGAGCCAAGAUCAAGGAGCUUACUAUGCUGGAAAGCAUCAAGAGCAACCCGUCGGAAGCUGUCACGCUUGAAAAUCCGAACCCGAAAACCACGUGCGUUGCUGAACCUUGUGCCCUGUGGGAGAUGUCUCUCUACGAAAUCUCCAAGGUAGUUUUGGGAAUCUUUCAAAGGUUGGGUUCAAUAACCAUUUUUAUUGUCUGUAUUUAGGCAUUUUCCUAAUGUGUUCUGGGUCCAAUUUUACAGGGUAAGCCUCUCUUUUUUUUCCCUACAUUUCAUUUAUUAAAUAAAAGCAUGUAGUUAUAUAUCAGAUGUAGGCAAUUAGUUAACGCAGUGAAUUCCAUUUUAGUGAUAAGAUAUUGUAUAUUUCAUCCUUCCGAGCACAAAUUUGAUGGAAAUUUCAAACUAGAGUUGAAAAUUUUAGUAGUUA